AUAACUCUUUAAAAGAGCUAUAUGCAUUCUUAAAAACUAAUGAAACAAGCAUUGCGGAAAAUCUAAGCAAAAAGGAAAUCAAUUGGCAUUUUCAGCCCACUUCCGCGCCAAAUUUUGGUGGACUACAUGAAGCAGGGAUAAAAUCCGCAAAACAUCAUCUCAAAAGAAUCAUGGGUACUCAAAUUUUCACCUUCGAGGAGAUGACUACACUCGUGACUCGAGUGGAGGCGAUAAUGAACUCUAGGCCGCUCUGCCCGCUAUCAACAGAUCCCUCAGAUAUGGACGCCUUGACCCCAGGUCAUUUUCUUGUGGGUCGUCCACUCAACGCCUUACCCGAAGAAAAUCUAACAGAAACUCCUUCUAAUCGUGUGGAUAGAUGGGGCUUGAUAAACAAAGCCAGUCAACAUUUUUGGCAAACAUGGAAAAAUGAGUACAUCAACUGUUUGAGGCAGCGAUCAAAAUGGACUCAAGAAACUGAUCCAAUAAAAAUUGAUGAUCUCGUCAUUAUUCAAGACAAUAAUUUACCCCCUCAGCAAUGGAGAUUAGGACGAAUCACCAAGUGCUUUCCGGGCCCUGAUGACGUCACACGCGUCGUCGAUGUCAAGACCACCACGGGGACUUUACGGCGCCCGGUUUCCAAACUUUGCCGCCUCCCCAUAAGUUCAGACAAGGACCAAUAGGGCGUCUUCUCGCCAACAGGGAUUGCGCGCGAAAUUCAACUUCAGUAA